CCCACAAACCCUCCAAACGUACUUCAAACAAGAAAAGAAAGGAAUUCAUAGAAGCAUAUAUACAUAAAACUCUCUCUAUAUAUCUUCCUUCUUUCUUGCUCAGCUUUAAAUUCUUCCAUCUCUCUCUCUUUCCUUCUCAAUGGCAAAUCUUCAUAGCAGAAUCACCAUGAUCCAUAUGUUUCUUAUGUUUUCUCUCUACUUCUCAGAUUUUGGCUUUUUAGGAGUAACAUCACUUGGAAUCAAUUAUGGUCAAGUGGCCAAUAAUUUGCCACCACCCGAGAAGGUCCUCAAUCUGCUAAGCGCUCUUAAACUCACAAAAGCAAGAAUUUACGACACCAAUCCUCAAGUUUUGAGCGCAUUCGCCAACUCCAACGUCGAGCUCGUAGUCACAAUCGAGAACGCAAUGCUAGGUCAGUUAAUGGACCCGCAACAAGCCCUUCAAUGGGUGACCACCAAUAUCAAGCCGUAUUUUCCUGCCACUAAAAUUACCGGGAUAGCGGUAGGAAAUGAAAUCUUCACCGGCGGUGAUAAUACCCUAAUGACGUAUCUUGUUCCAGCCAUGGUCAGCAUUCAUGGUGCUCUAGUCCAAUUAGGCCUAGACUCUCACAUUCAAGUCUCAACGCCUAAUUCUCUAGCGGUUCUUGAACAGUCGUUUCCGCCUUCGGCCGGGACUUUCAAUAGCGAGGUCUAUAGUACCAUGUCACAAGUAUUACAAUUCUUGUCAAACACCAAAGCACCCUUUUGGAUCAACUGCUAUCCAUAUUUUGCUUAUAAUGAUGAUCCAAAUAGAAUUCCUUUGGACUAUGUGCUUUUUAAUCCCAAUUCAGGAAUGGUAGACCCUUACACCAAGCUUCACUAUGACAACAUGCUGUACGCUCAAGUAGAUGCAGUCAUUUUUGCUAUUGCUAGAAUGGGUUUUCAGGAAAUAGAGGUUCGGGUUUCAGAGACCGGUUGGCCGUCAAAAGGAGACACUGGUGAGGUUGGUGCAACCAUAGAGAAUGCCGCGGCUUACAAUAGGAAUUUGUUCAGAAGGCAAUUGCUAAACGAAGGGACACCUUUGAGGCCUAAGAUGAGGCUUGAAGUUUAUCUGUUCGCUUUGUUCAAUGAAAAUUUGAAGCCUGGACCAACUUCAGAAAGGAAUUAUGGUCUCUAUCAUCCAGAUGGAACCAUGUCUUACAAUGUAGGGCUCACUACCAGAUCAAGUACUUCAUCAACUUCGUCCACUUCAUCAACUUCAACAGCUUCCAUUUAUCUUAGUUCCUCUGCUACAAAGGCAGCAAACAUGGAAUGUCAAAGCAUGGUGUACUGGAUGUUUGUGUAUUUGGUGAUCAUCUUCCAAGUUUUUAUGAGAAGACCAUAUUAAGGAAAUUUGGGUGUUCAUUUAAAUAUCCACUUUUUGGUAAGAAAACAACGUUAAAGACAUUCAAGUAUAUGACCUUAAAGACCUCAUCCUUUAAGGUUUCCAACAAAUUAACUGCCAAGAAGCUUCCCAAUUUCAAACAUGCACGACCGCCGUAAAGCAAUCAUUCCUUUGUUGUUAAUUAGCGGUAGCUUAAUCUAGAUUUAUUGUUCAACGUAUUUAGUUGUUAUUUUUUUUUUUAUGACAUGUAAGUAUGUAGAAAAUGAUGAUGUUUCUCCGUCUGUUUAAAAGAGAACCGUUUGCUGUAAGAGAAAAUAGUGUAGUGAGAAUAACUUCUUCGAUUAUACUAUUGGUUGGAAGGAAAGCUCUCUACUUUGGGACGUGGA